UCUUUAAUCUAACCUUUAAAACUCCUCAUAUUACCUUAUAAACAGGUAAGGAAAGUUCAUAGCUUUGAUAGAACUUUAUAAAUCAAAGUUUCUUAGUCUGAUUUUAAAUGUUUACUACACAAGAAGAAAUUAAUAAAAAAACAGGUCCUAACGGAGUUGGACGAUACGAUUUUUUAAAUUUGCUAGUACAAGAAUUUUACAAAACUAAUUCAUUGGAUGCCAAGCGGCAGGUGUUGGCGAAUUUAGCAAACUUCUCUUACGAUCCAAUUAACUAUGAACUUAUAAAACAGUUACGUAUCGUGGACUUAUUUUUAAAGCAACUUCUACACCACGAAGAGGACUUUGUACAUUUUAGUAUUAGUGGCCUCUGUAAUUUAAGUGUAGAUCCUAGUAUAGCGGAUCUCAUUGUCAAGCAGAAUGGUGUAUUUUUAAUUUCGAACUUAUUAAUGCACAGAAAUGUCGAGAUAUCACUGAAUUCGUUAGCAACGCUAAUUUAUUUGAUUAACCAAGACACUCAAGCUUCAAUUACAACAGCAGAGAUUAUAAACAAAGUACUGCACUACAGUUCGAGCACAGAUACGAGACUUAGCAACCUCGGUAAUAUAUUUUUACAAGACUUUUGUACGAGCGCACAGAUUAGCCAUGUUAAAAGCUCAAACAGCCUGGACGUCAAUGAUAUACCUUUACCCUUUACGUAAAUUCGCAAUGAUAGUAGGCGAUAAGUGUAUAGUAACCAAGCAGAUAACCAAUGCGGACAUCAAACGGUUUAUAGAAAUUAGCGGAGAUUCAAAUCCAAUCCAUCGUCAAGGAGAAAAUAGUAUCGUGCAUGGGGCAUAUCUUAAUGCAUUAGUGUCAAGUGUAAUUGGAACAAAGUUACCUGGACCUGGUUCAUUACUUAUUUCACAAACCUCUACCUUUCCAAAGAAGUGUUUUAGUGGUGAAGUUAUAAACAUAACGGUCGAGGUUUUAGAGCUGCGCAAAAUUAUAACAGUAGGAUAUUCAUGUAAAGUGGAGGAUUUAAAUAAAGUGGUUUUACAUGGCACUGCUAAACUGAUGUUAAAUAAAUAAUGCUAGGAAUUGCAA